UGCAUUCGUGAGAAAUUUCUCUCGUCUUCAGCAGCACACACUUCAUUUGUCGGAUUUUUUUUGUGAAAAUAAUUGUCAUUUUACAUUGAAAAUUUCAAUUAUUUAUUAACAUUUUUGUGAUAUUUCUACAGUUGAAACUGCAUUUCAAUGAAAUUCAGCAAAAAUUCUUAAGAAUUUCAAGGAAAUGUACACAAAAAUCAAGCAGGAAAAAAUUGGCAAAUAAUUUUUUGUGUUCGUCUACAACAACUACAAUUUGAAUUAACGAAGUCAUUGUUAGAAGAAAAAGGCUUUGUGUUUUCAUAAAUAAAAGUGUGUGUGUGUUUCUUUAACAUAUAAUAUAUAACCCCAAAUCUUUGAAAAUAAUUUCACUCGUGUUUUUUUUGUGUGCAAAUUCUCCAACAGAAAGGAAAAAAAAUUAAGAGGUUUAUUUUUCAAAUAAAUAAGAGAGUAAAAGAUUGUAUUAAGAGAACAAUUACUUGAAACGAAAAAGUGACAACGCAACAAAAUAAAGAAGAAAGAAAGCAACAACAAGCUGAACAAAAACGAAAUUUCAGUAAAGUAGAAAAAAUAACAAUAAAACAAAUAUUGGACAACAAAAUAUACAUUCGAAAGGAAAACAAAAACAAAAAGUAGUUUCCGGCUAAAUUAGAAGAGAUCGAAAGAUAGUGUGUGAGAGACAGACAGAGAGAGGCAGAAAAAAGAGAAAACCACUUAAAAAUGGAAAUAACACCCGGGCGUGCCAUGUACAGUCCAGAUGAGGAACUAAAACCACUGAGGCCUCCAAAAACAUAUCAUCCCGAAGCCGCGGCGCAACCUUCAAGACUUUCCAUUAAUGCGGUCGAAUUUGUGCCACGUUUCGGCAAUGUAAUGCCGCACAAUGUACAAGAACGCUUACAGAAACAUCAGAGACAGUAUAUACAAAAGAACUAUCAACAAUACCAGCAACAGCCACAGCAACAAGCAUACCAGCAGCAGCAGCAACAGCAAUCCUAUUCCAAUGGUUACGGUAAUCAACAGCAGCAACAGCAGCAUCAGCCGCAAUAUCAACCACAAACAUCACAAAAUAUGAACGCUCAAAUGGGCUCCAUGAAUAUUUCGAAUGUACAAGAUCGUCUACGUACCAGCAAUAAUGGUGGAGGUCGUAAUGGUGGCGGCGGAGGUUAUCACUAUCAGCAGCAGCAGCAACAACGCGCCAGCGGUAGUGGUGGUGGUGGUCAACAAGCAGAUUAUCAUCAAAAUAAUCACUAUCGUUACAAUAAAAAUCAUAAUAAUCAGCAUCAACAACAGCAGCAGCAACCUCAUCACCAUAAUCAACAUCGUUACAACAAUCAUCACUAUCAACAUCAGCAGCAGCAGCAACAACAGCAACAACAAUACCAGCAACAGUCGAAUGCCUCGGCUGUGGCUGAAAGUGCCAAUGAUAUGGAGAAUAUCGCUUUGGAUUAUUUGCAAACUGUGAUUCAAUGUCUUAAUCAAAAUCCAGGCCAAUUCGAUAGCAUUGCCACACGCUUCAUCACCAUCUUCGAUGGCAUGGAGAGCAACCACUAUGUACUCUCCAUUGCCAUGGAGGACAUAUUCGAUGAGUCGAUUAAAAAUCCCAAUUUCCGUUACAUGGGCGCUAAACUGUACAAUCUCUUGCACAUGUUGAAUCCCAGCAAGGACUCCCUAUUCCACACAUUGCUCAAAUUCAAGCUCGACUUCCACCAGCAACAGGUGCGCGAGUACAUGCAAAGCAAACAGGAGGCCAAGGUGCGCGAAACUGCCCUCUUCCUGGCCGAACUCUACAUGCAGCUGAGGGGCGACGAUUCCCGCAUCUAUCUGAUUGCCGAGAAUAUUGUGUUCUCGCUGAAAGAGUUGCUGUCGAUGGAGGACAACAAGGAUAAUAUGCGUUGCAUUUGUUUGACCCUCAAGUUGGCCGGCUACGAUUUGACUUCGGAUUGUGCUGGCGAUAUGAAGGAAAUUAUUGCUAAAUUGGAUGCCAUCAACUGUCAGAAUCCCGGCAAAUAUCCACUGGCCAACAAUGUGAUUUCGCUGCAAAAGAACAACUGGGGCCGCAAAGCCAUCGGUGCAGAUUCGCUGGGCGAUCCCGAAACAUCGAAACUUCCACAGCCGCUACGUGACAGUGAUGAUCCCGUAUUCUAUGGCCCAGAUGGUCGCGAGAUAACCGCUGAAGAAUGCGAAUUCUUAACCAAUGGAGCUGCCGGCACAGCCGCCUCUUCAGACAAUGAGGAUGAUAACGACGAUGUCGAUCUAGAUCCCGAAAUGGACGAGGAGACUGAAAGAGAUUUUAAACUAUUUCUUAAACAAGCUAACAACAAAUCAUAGGUUAUUAUUCACAACUAAAAACGAAUCAUCAUCCACAACAACAAAAACAACAACAAAAUACUAAACGAAAUGAAAAACCACAAAAAACAACAACAUAUUUUUAUCAUACAAAAAAACGAAAAAAAAACUUAACGCUGAAAUUACAGUUUGCUUUCAAAAUGCAUAAAUGCACGAAAAUUGUGAUGUUAUAUAGUCUGCAGAAAACAGAAAAAAUUAUCUUAAAUUUAUAAUAAUGUGAUAUAUAUUUUUCUUAACUAUACUUUUUUUCUAUUGUUUUGUUAAAAAUAUCAAGGAAGAAGAAAAAAAACAACAUCUACAAAUUGUAAAGGAGUUUACUUGUUUUUAAGGCGGCUCCUCUUUAGUUUUUCAUUUUAGUUUUUCUUUUCUUUUUUUUAAUAAUUACUUACAUACAUACAUUUAAAACACUUUCUAUUACAUAUUAUCAUUUCGUAUGCUGUGCAUGCUUUAAAUUUUGUUCCAUUUUUAUACAUUUUUUCUAUAUACAUAUAUAUUUAAAGACUUUUUUAAAAAUUUCUCAUUUAAUUAUAAAAAAAUAUAUAUAUAUAUAAAGAAAUAAAACAACAAUUGCAAAAAAAAAAAUAUACAAAUAGAGUUCCUCAACAAUUUAUUUAAAACAAAAUAUAUAUUUGAUUUGUUUAUUUGUUUCAUUUUAAUUAAGUUUUAUCACGAUGCUUUUUGGCUGUUUUUUUUUAUAUAUUUCGUUUAAUUAUUUCCUUAGCAUUUAAUUUUGUUUUAUUUGUAUAUUUUUUUUCCUUAAAUAUUUAGCUCAACUUAUUAUACACAAACUGUAAUUUCAGCUUCCUUUUAUAGUUUUCAACGAAUUCUAAUUAAUUCAAACUAAAUUAUUAAUGUUAAACGUUUAAAACAAACAAAAUAAUAAUAAAAAAAAAAUAUAUAAGUAACAUAAAUAAA